AUGUCUGCAUCAGUUCGCUCAUCAAAGAUGCUUCUCACAAGCCUUAUGCUCCUCGCUGGAGCGCCAUUUGCCCUUGCCGAAUGCAAAUGUAACCCAAUCGACGACUGCUGGCCAUCACCCUCAAAGUGGAACGCCCUCAAUACUUCCGUUGAUGGUCAGCUCAUUUACAACCAGCCUAUCGCGAAACCCUGCUAUCCCGGUUCAGGCUACGACACCCAGCUCUAUCAGGACAUAAGCGAACAAUGGACAGAGUCUCCAUUUCAAGAGCUUUCACUAAUCGGAUACACGUAUUCUACUGUUAAUACCUGUUCUCCGAUCAAUGCCCAUUAUGUGAACUGGGUAAUGCGCCGGUUUACACCAUCAGCGCGACAAAGCGGAUGA